UGCUUGGCAUUGACAGUAAAAGGUUGUCCCAACAUAAAUAUUUAAGGAAACGGAAAAACCCUGAACUUGUUAAAAUCAAUACAAAAGUUUAAAGGACAACAUGAGCGGUGGUAAACAUUUGGCCAAAGGUUCGACGAAACCAAUUCUGCCCGAUGAUGGUGUCUUGCGCAUUUAUUCCAUGCGAUUCUGUCCAUAUGCUCAACGCGCUCAUCUUGUGCUUAGUGUUAAGCAGGUGCCACACCACAGUAUAUACAUAAAUCUCACAGAAAAGCCGGAAUGGCUGGUCGAAGUCAGUCCUUUGACAAAGGUGCCGGCUUUGGAAUUAGUUUCCGAACCGGGCCAGCCCACACUCAUUGAAUCGCUUAUUAUAGCUGAGUAUUUGGACGAGAAAUAUCCACAGAAUCCGUUGCUGCCGAAGGAUCCUUUGCGGCGUGCACUAGAUAAAAUUCUCAUAGAGCGUUUUGGAGCAGUAACGGGAGCUUACGCGAAAAUUGUCUUUUCUGAUGCUGGUACAGACGAUCUGUGGCAAGCUCUGGAUAUCUUUGAGGCGGAGCUGGCUAAGCGCGGGACUCAGUAUUUUGGUGGAGACAAGCCAGGCUUUGUUGAUUACAUGAUAUGGCCAUGGUUCGAACGGUUGCCUGUGCUUAAGUUCUUGGUGAAGGAGAAUUACGAUUUAGAUGAAAAGCGAUUUGUCAAGCUGAGCAAAUGGAUUGCCCUACUAAUAGACGAUGCUGCUGUGAAAUCUUUUUAUGUUACGCCCGAGCAGCAUAUCGAAUUCUGGAGAACUCGUAAAGCUGGCAAAGCCAAUUAUGAUCUACUGGCCUAAGUCACUUUUGCUUUUAAUGAAACAAGUUGCAUACAAUUGAAAUACAGUCAAUUUUUAUUAAAACGAA